AUGGCCGGGGGGAACUCGUGGGAAGAAGCGACCGCUCGAGCAAACUUAGCGGUGAACCGUGUCGUGCGCUUGGUGAGACAGAUGGGUCUCAAGGUGCCGCCCCAAAAAACCGAGGCCAUCUUUCUUCACGAUGGCUCUCAUGGGGCGCCGCCGAGAGCCCACAUCUAUGUGGAGGACACCCCGGUUGAGGUGAGGGCCUGUUUAAAAUAUCUGGGCCUUCACCUUGACAGCAAGUGGACCUUCAAGGAACACUUCCGCCAAAUCUCCCCCAAGGUGGAACGGGCAGCUAUGGCUUUCCAACGUCUGCUGCCCAACCUCGGGGGACCGGGCGGAGGUGUCAGAAGGUUGUACGCCGGAACAAUUCACGCCAUGCUCCUGUACGGGGCCCCAGUUUGA